AUGCCCAGCAUGUGGUUAUCCGAUAAUCAGAAGAUCGGAGUCGUUUUCUGCUCUGCAGGUGGCCUAUUCCUCUUCGGCGGCGUCCUCAUGUUCUUUGACCGAUCACUUCUCGCAAUGGGCAACAUCCUCUUCCUAAUCGGCCUAACUCUCAUAAUCGGCAUCCAAAAAACAAUCGCCUUCUUCUCGCGCCCGGCAAAAUUAAAAGGGACCGCCGCCUUCACCGCCGGCAUCAUCCUCAUCCUAAUCCGCUGGCCACUAACGGGCUUCCUGAUCGAGCUGUAUGGCCUCUUUAUCCUUUUCGGUGACUUCCUCGUGACGAUUGGUCAAUUUGCUGGUGGUAUCCCUGUUAUCGGCCCUUAUAUCCAGCGCGGGUUGGAGAUUCUUGCUGGUGGGAGAAGUAAUCAGGAGUUGCCUGUUUAA